AUGGAGCGGCAGAAGCAACAGCAGCCCUUCGGCCCACGGGCGCUGCGGGGAAAAAGGACAGACGACCGUUGUGGCUGCUAUUUGCUGCUGCUGCUGCUGCUGCUUCUGCUGCUGUUGCUGCUGCUGCUUUUGCUCAGUGAUGGUGACGCCAGCGAAAACAGCGGCGGCGGCGGCAGCAGCAGCAGCAGCAGCAGCAGCCAGCUGCAAAUUCCUUCGUUGCACCUGCGGAGCGAAAGCACUUGCUGCAGCACUGACCGCUCCCUUAGUGAGUGCAGCAGCGAGCGGAGCCUUGACGUUGCUGCUGCUGCUGCUGCAGACGGAGCAGCAGCAGCAGCAACAGCAGCGGAGGAAGCAGCAGCAGACGAAAUAGCAGCAACACCAAGUGAGGCGACGCAAGGCCAGUCCCAAGAAGCAGCAGCAGCAGCAACACAAGAGGAACUAAGCUUUGCAGCAGCAGCAACAGCAGCAAACGAAGCAGCAGCGGGAGUUGGAGAAACGCCGACUACUGAAGAAGCAGCAGCAGCAAACGAAGAAACAGCAGCAGCAACGGAGGAAGAAGCAACAGCACACGAAGCAGCAGUACCAGAAGAAGCAAAGGCAUCAGCAAAUGAGAUGGCAGCAGCAAAAGAAGCAGCAGCAGCAAAUGAAACAGCCGCAGCAGAAGCAGCAGCCGCAAAUGAAAUGCCAGCAGCAGGAGCAGCAGCAGAAGCAGCAGCAGCAAAUGAGGCAGCAACAGCAGAAAAAGCAGCAGUAGCAAACGAAGCGGCAGAAGUCCCCAGUGAAGCAGCAGCAGAAAGCAAAGUGGCGGCAGCAAAUGAAGCAACAGCAGCAAACAAAGCAGCAGCAGCAACAAAUGGAGCAACCGCUGUGGCAAAUGGCACGGCAGCAGCAGCAAAUGACGCAGCAGCAGCAAAUAACGCAACAGCAGCAGGUGAAGCGGCAGCAGCAACUGGAGCAGCAGGAGGGGCAGCACCACGGGAGUCAGAAGCAACCGAAGCAGCAGCAGCAGCAGCCGAAACUUUAGGUGCAGCAACAGCAAACCAGGGAGAAGCACAAACACAAGACAUUGCAGCAGCAGCAGCAACAACAACAGAUGAAGAAACUGGAAAACACGCAGCAGCAGCAGCCAAUAAGAGUGCAGCACCAGGCAGCGCUGCUGCAGCAAAGGACAAUGAAGCAGCAGCAGAAAGAUGCAGCAGCAGCAGUCUCUAA